AUGCUCCUUCAUGGCGGUUCACCGGUCCUACUCCUCCUUGGUCCGGUGUUAUUUGCUUCGGCCUACAAUAAUGACACCUCCUCGGCCUUGAUGCAGGAUCCAUUUUCCCAGCUAGUGCCAGACGGUUGCCCUCCAUGUCCUCGAUGCUUCGAUUGCCACUACGAUGAGUUCAAGUGUCUACAGUUUGCGAACUGCGGUAAUGUCAAUGGAAAAUGUGUAUGUCCACCUGGCUUUGGAGGAGAUGAUUGCGCAGAGCCGCUGUGUGGAUCUUUGGCAGACGGCAAAAACAGAUCACCACGGAAAGGAAGCGAAUGCGAAUGCAAAGAUGGCUGGGAGGGUAUCAAUUGCAACGUUUGCUCCUCCGACAAUGCCUGCAAUGCAAUGAUGCCUUUGGGUCAAGGUGGCGUUUGCUAUAAACAAGGUCUCGUCGUACACGAGAACUACCAAAUGUGCAAUGUCACCAACAAAGCUAUCCUGGAUCAGAUCCAUCCUAGGAUCCCGGCCGUUACCUUCUCAUGCAAUGCCGACGAAGAGACCUGCAAUUUCCAAUUUUGGGUGGACCAGAAGGAGUCAUUCUACUGCGCCCUGGACACCUGUAGUUGGGAGGCACACGACACAAAUGUUCGUAACACGACCAAGUAUACUUGUGAGAACAUCAAAUGCUCCUGCAUUGAAGAUCGCUUCCUGUGCGGUGAGGAUGGCUCCGUCAACAUCGAUGACUUUCUGGAGCAGGAAAUAAAAGGCCCUGCCUCAUUCUUCUCUCAACAUACAUAUGGCGGAAGCUCCAAGGACGGAAGUAGGUUCGAAGAACCGGCCAUGAACAACCUGAUUUCGAUGAUUUUUGGUGACGAGUAUAUCUCACUACAAUGUCGAGGUGGGGAAUGCCUGUACGAAACCGAAGUGCCAGGGUACGUUCGACCGAUCAAGGAGAUCAAUACGCCACUCAUUGCUGGCGUCAUCGCUGGCUGUGCCCUUCUCGUCUUAGCCAUCACGUUGAUAUCGUGGUACCUCUCUCGCAGGGCAGCCUACAAAAGGUGGGGCGCGAUUCGGCUCGGAGAGGAUGCGGAUGAUGAUGCCGCCAAGUCUAUGGUCAAUCACAUUCCGAUGGCUCUGCAGUUCGAGAAUGUGGCCUACAACCUGAAGGGCAAGGAGAUUCUUUCUGGUAUAUCGGGCAUUGCGCGACCUGGGCAGAUUACUGCCAUCAUGGGUGCAUCGGGAGCGGGCAAAUCUACCUUCCUUGAUAUUCUUGCUCGCAAGAACAAACGAGGACUCGUCGGUGGCAAUAUGUACGUCAACGGAGAAAAGAUCCUCGAUGCUGAGUAUCGUAAUGUAAUCGGCUAUGUUGAUCAGGAAGAUACCCUCCUGCCGACUCUGACGGUCCAUGAGACAAUCCUCACGAGUGCUCUCCUUCGAUUACCAGCCGACAUGGGGCUUAACAUCAAAGAGCAGCGUGUCGUCGAGGUGAUGCAGCAGCUUGGCAUUUAUCAUAUCAAGGAUCAGAUCAUUGGCUCAGAAGAAGGCACCGGGCGAGGCAUUUCUGGUGGCGAGAAACGUAGAGUUGGAAUUGCCUGUGAGCUGGUCACAAGCCCGAGUAUCCUUUUUCUGGACGAACCAACAAGUGGCCUUGAUGCAUUCAAUGCAUUCAACGUGGUUGAAUGUCUAGUCACGCUGGCGAAAACGUACAACCGAACUGUUAUCUUCACCAUCCACCAGCCACGUUCGAAUAUCGUUGCGCUGUUCGACCAGCUCAUUCUACUGGCAAAGGGCAGAACGGUCUAUUCUGGUCCAUUCUCCAGCUGUCAGGCGUACUUUGACCACAUUGGAUAUUCUUGCCCUCCGGGCUUCAACAUUGCUGAUUAUCUGGUUGAUCUGACAAUGCACGCCAGCAUACCACGCUCCCCAAUCUUUGAAGAUGUUGCAAGAGAAUUCCCCGAACGCGAUGGUAUAGGUACUGAGUCUAGCAGCACACGAGCUGUCAAGUCUAUCGCGAGUUUCUCCAACGUUAGCACGGAAAGCCCCCCAGACCCUCCACAAAGAAUCAAAACAAAGAGGCGCAUCUCUCUGAAACAGAAACAGGAUCGACAACUGUUCACUCGUAAGAGAGGGGGCGAAGAGACUCCGCCAACUCCGAAGACUGAUGACGAAGACAACGUCUUCAGUCGAGCAACCGGGAGCGUGCGAAGCUGGCUGCCUCUAUCCAAGAGAGAUGGCUCUAAUCCACCUCAGAUUAUAGAGGACCCCGACGAUCUUCCACCGGAUGCCAGUACCGACCUCGAUAUUCUCGUGUCGAGCUUCAGAGAUUCAAGUGUCGCCGAGGCCACUCACGACGAGAUUGCCGCUUCAAUACAAGCAGCUUCGUCUUCCAAUGGUCAUAACAAUGAAAAUGGUGUUGGUGAGCCUGUGACUGGGUCUAUUAAAGGAUUCCGGCGCGUCAGUCUACCACGACAAUUCCUCAUUCUCUCGAAACGUACAUGGCGAAAUCUUUACCGUAACCCUAUCCUUAUGUUGACACACUAUGCUGUGGCCAUCCUGCUCGCCGUCUUGUCUGGAUGGCUAUUUUAUGGAGUCAGUGACGAUAUUGGUGGCUUCCAGAAUCGACUAGGUCUUUUCUUCUUCCUGCUGGCUCUUUUCGGCUUCAGCACGCUUACAAGCUUGAACGUGUUCAGCUCUGAGAGGCUGAUCUUUGUCCGAGAACGAGCCAAUGGAUACUAUUCUCCUAUCACCUACUUCGCAGCCAAGGUCAUCUUUGAUAUCAUACCCCUGAGGCUGAUUCCCCCAAUUAUCAUGGGUGUCAUCAUCUAUCCAAUGUCUGGUCUUGUACCUAAAUGGGGAACUUUCUUUAUAUUUAUGUUGAUCCUGGUGCUGUUCAAUCUGGCGGCAGCAGCAAUAUGUCUCACAAUUGGCAUCGUCUUCAAGGAUCCCGCUGUGGCAAAUCUGAUUGGCAGCCUGGUAAUGCUCUUCAGCUUGUUAUUUGCAGGUCUGUUACUCAAUCUCAACCAUGAUUCUACUCAGAUGGCGACGCAAUGGUUGCAAAAUCUGUCAAUCUUUCACUACGGUUACGAAGCCCUCAUUGUGAACGAAGUGGCCAAAUUACGACUCAAAGAUCAUCGAUACGGCCUCGACAUUGAAGUCCCGGGGGCCAGCAUUCUCAGCGCUUUUGGUUUUGACAAUCUUGCCUUGUGGAAUGAUGUGAUUGGACUGGCAAUAUUUGCCAGUGUCUUCAUUGUCAUUGCUUACGGGGCCAUGCAUUUCUUGCUCGUGGAAAAGAGGUAG